UUACAUUUUCUUUCCCAAGCUUUGCACUUUAAUCAUUUCACACGUGCUACCUUCCUUUUCUACGCCGGGAAAACCUCUCUCUCUCUCCUCUCUAAAAACUCAAAAUCCCGUUCGCUUUGCCAACGGCUCAUCUCAUCUCGGAAACUGCGACAAUAAAAUCCCCAGCCCUAAAAAAUAGACAACAAAAAUCAAUUUUCUCUCUUCGUUUCCUCACUGUCCAAACAAAAAAGGCACAAAUAUAGAAACAAAAAUACUAUAAUUUCUAAUUGGAGAAAGAUUUAUUUUUUCUCCGAGAAUUUUAUUGGGUUUGAUGUGAUCAGAUUGAUUUGAGUUCUGUACUUGUAGGGGAAUUGCUUCUUUUUUUUGGGGGGGUCGAGUUUUUUAGUUUGGCGUGUAACAUGGGAGCUGUGACGUCAUCGAUGGCGGCGAAGUUCGCCUUCUUCCCGCCAAACCCGCCAUCGUAUGGAUUGGAGGUGGAGGAGGUGAGUGGGAAGGUGAGGAUGACCGGAGUUGCGUCGGCGGCUGUGAAGGAAAAUGUCGACGUUUUGAAGCUUCCUACCAAGAGAGGAAACGACAUCGUUGCGCUCUAUGUUAAGAACCCUUUAGCUUCCCUAACCCUCCUCUACUCUCACGGUAACGCCGCUGAUCUGGGUCAGAUGUACGAGUUGUUUAGUGAACUCAGUGUUAUUCUCCGAGUCAACUUGCUGGGUUAUGAUUAUUCUGGUUACGGAAAGUCUACAGGGAAGCCGAGUGAACAGAACACUUAUGCUGAUAUUGAGGCAGCUUACCGGUGCCUUGUGGAGAAGUAUGGGGCGAAGGAGGAAGAUAUUAUUUUAUAUGGGCAGUCGGUUGGUAGUGGACCCACUCUAGAUUUGGCUAGCCGGUUACCAAGUUUGAGGGCUGUGGUUCUGCAUAGUCCCAUCUUGUCUGGUCUCCGAGUCAUGUAUCCUGUGAAACGAACCUACUGGUUUGACAUUUACAAGAAUAUCGACAAAAUACCCCUUGUCAAUUGUCCAGUUCUGGUAAUUCAUGGGAUUGCUGAUGAUGUAGUGGAUUGGUCCCAUGGCAAGCGACUGUGGGAACUUUGUAAGGAGAAAUAUGAACCAUUAUGGGUGAAAGGAGGGAAUCAUUGUGAUUUAGAGCUUUACCCGGAAUACAUAAAGCAUCUCAAGAGAUUCGUAUCAGUCAUUGAAAAAUCUCCACAUUUGAGAAAUGGGUCUGGAAAAUUUACAGAACAAUCAGAAAGUGCUCGAAAGAGCACAGAUUUUAGAGAAAAAUCUAGAUCGAGCACAGAUCGGAGAGAGAAUUCUAGACCAAGUAUUGACCAGAGAGAAAAGCCUAGAUUUAGUACAGACCGCAGUGAGAAGUCAAGUGUCGGGACCGAUAAGAGAGAGAGAUCAAGAAAGAGCGUGGAUCGUUCUGAGAAACCGAACAACUUGGAUCAACCAGAAAAGGCACGGAACAGCAUUGACCGCUUGGGAAGCAUGGUCAGAUCAGUUAGAUUAUGCAAUAUUGAUUGUUUCAAGCCAGCAGCAACCACUGUUUGAGGAAGACAAAGAGACCAAUUCUAGGCAAAGUUUAUUUCAAGGUUUACCUGUUAUUUAUUUGAUUGGUUGGGGGGAUUGAUUGUGUUGGGUGAUGGGAAAAUGUCAUGUUUUCUAUAUACCGAGGAGAAAGAUGAAAGGAAAUUUAAUUAAGAAUCUGAGCAAAUUGUUAACCUCAAUUUGUUCUCUUUCCAACAUAAUAAAUUUAACCCUGCUCUACUCUCAA